AUGAGUGACAGUGAUGUCUCCCCACCCAGUAAAAGGAGGUCGACCAGCUGUGUAGUGUUAGUUGUGGUUUUGGGCUGCCUGACGGUUUUGGGGAUCCUGCUCGCCAUCGCUGUUCUGAAGAGACCACCGGCUCCCAAAGAGCAUGAAGUACUCCCAGGAGAUGCUGGGAACAGUUUCACUACAGACCAGUGCAGUAUGACCCUCGUGGAGAGCAUUCCUGAACACAUGAGUUUUAAAGCCAAUGUAACAUUUGGGAUCCCUCUGGAAAAAGCCUGGAAAGACCUUAUCUCCAUGGCUACAGACCAAAUGGAUGUGGCCUCUUUCUACUGGACUUUAACUGGGGAAGACAUCAAUGUUAACUCUUCCUCUGAUGCACCUGGAAGGGAUAUCUUAGAGCAACUUGAAACAUUACCUUCCAGGAAUGUGUCUGUCCGAGUGGUGACGAGCGUUCCCUCCUUUAAAACAAACUCCACUGAUUUAGAGAUCUUGAAACAGAAAGGAGUUCAGGUGAGGGCGGUGAACUUUGGGCGCCUGACAAAAGGUGUCCUCCACAGCAAGUUCUGGAUAGUCGACCGGAAACAUGUGUUCAUUGGCAGUGCAAACAUGGACUGGAGAGCUCUCACACAGGUGAAAGAACUGGGAGUGGUGAUCUACAACUGUUCCAGUCUGGCAGAGGACCUCCAUAAGAUCUUCCAGUCUUACUGGGUGAUGGGACAGCCCAACAGCUCCCUGCCACAGCCCUGGCCUUCAAAGUAUAACACUGACAUCAACAUACAUCACCCCCUGCUGGUGAAAGAUGGUAAUGUCUCCAGCAGGCUCUACCUUGCAGCUUCUCCACCAUCGUUCUGUCCUAAAUCGAGGACUCAGGACCUGGAGGCGAUUCUCUCCAUCAUCUCAGAGGCUCAGCACUAUGUUGAUAUAGCCGUCAUGGAAUACUUUCCUACCACACUCUUUGAAAGGCCUCGGAGAUACUGGCCGUUCAUUGAUGACGCCAUCAGGACUGCUGCAUUCGAGAAGGAAGUGAAGAUCCGGAUGCUUAUCAGCUGCGGCCGGGACUCUGAUCCAGCAAUGCUGCCCUUCCUUCAGUCCCUAGCCUCGAUAGACAGCUCUAAGCAGCAUAUCAACAUUCAAAUAAAAUUGUACAUUGUGCCUGUGGGAAACCAGUCUGAUAUUCCAUACUCUCGAGUCAACCACAAUAAAUACAUGGUGACUGAUAAAGAAGCCUACAUUGGUACCUCCAACUGGUCAGGGGACUACUUUCUGACCACAGCUGGAGUGGGUCUGGUGAUUUCCCAGCAUGCUCCACAUCCUGUAUGGAAGACUGAGGCCCUGCAGAGCCAGCUCAGGGCAGUGUUUGACCGGGACUGGCACUCUGAGUUUGCAGUGAACCUUGCUGAUCUGGGCCACCACCCAGACUGUGCAUUAUCAAUAUGAUAGAAGAUAAAAGCUUAACAGAAAUAUAAUGAAACCAUAGCGGUGGUUAUUAUAU